AACAUUACUUACGUUUUAGCUGUAUCAAUUAGGACAGGAAGAACUAUACAAUGGCACAAGUAGCUAGACCUGCAGUAGCUCCAUCUAAUGCUACUUUCAAAGAUAAAGAAAAACCACAAGAAGUUCGUCGUGCCAAUAUCUUGGCUGCAAGAGCUGUUUCAGACGCCAUUAGAACUUCAUUAGGUCCUAAGGGUAUGGACAAGAUGAUCAAAACCAAGACCGGUGAAAUCAUUAUUUCCAACGAUGGUGCCACCAUCUUACAACACAUGGCUGUCUUGCACCCUGCUGCUAGGAUGUUGGUCGAUGUCAGUCGAGCUCAAGAUGUUGAAGCCGGUGAUGGUACUACUUCGGUCGCUAUUUUAACUGGGGCUUUCUUGGGGGCUGCUGAUAGAUUAUUAAAUAAGGGAAUUCAUCCUACUUUAAUUGCCGAAUCCUUCCAAAGAGCCGCCCAACGAGCUUGUGAAGUUUUAUUGGAUAUGUCAUACGAAGUUAAGCUCGACGAUAGAGAACAAUUAAUUAGAGCCGCUUCUACAUCUUUAAGUUCCAAGAUCGUGUCCCAACAUUCUCAAUUGUUGGCUCCUUUAUCCGUGGAUUCUGUUUCAAAAGUCAUAAAUGAAGAAAAGAACAAUGUUGAUUUGAAUGAUAUAAGAUUAAUUAAGAAAGUUGGUGGUACCAUUGAUGACACUAAAUUAAUCAACGGUGUCGUAUUAACUCAAAAUGUCGUCAAGAACGCCAAUGGUCCAAUUAGAAUGGAAAAGGCCAAGAUUGCAUUGAUCCAAUUCCAAUUAUCACCACCAAAGCCAGACAUGGAAAAUAAUGUCGUGGUUAAUGAUUAUAGACAAAUGGAUAAAAUCUUAAAGGAAGAAAGGGCAUAUUUAUUGAACAUUUGUAAAAAGAUCAAAAAGAGCAAAUGUAAUGUUUUAUUAAUUCAAAAAUCAAUUCUUAGAGAUGCUGUCAACGACUUGGCCCUUCAUUUCUUGGCUAAAUUGAAUAUCAUGGUUAUAAAAGAUAUCGAAAGAGACGAAGUUGAAUUCUUAUCCAAGGCUCUUGGUUGUAAACCAAUUGCUGAUAUUGACAAUUUCACCGAAGACAGAUUAGGUUCUGCUGAUUUAGUAGAAGAAAUUGAAAGUUCAGGAAGUAAGAUUGUUCAAAUUACCGGUAUCACUUCUAAACUCACCAAACCAACUGUAUCAGUGAUUGUCAGAGGAGCUAACAACCUUGUGUUGGAUGAAACUGAAAGAUCAAUUCACGAUGCUUUAUGUGUCAUUAGAUGUUUAGUUAAACAAAAGGCAUUAAUUGCUGGUGGUGGUGCCCCAGAAAUUGAAGUUUCAAGAACUUUAAUGAGGGAAUCAAAUAAAUUAUCUGGGGUGGAACAAUUCGUAUACCAAGAAUUUGCCCAAGCGUUAGAAGUUAUUCCAACCACCUUAGCUGAAAAUGCUGGUUUAAACCCUAUAAAUGUUGUCACCGAUUUAAGAAACAGACACGAAAAUGGCGAAAAGGAUGCUGGUAUUUCAGUUAGAAGAUCAGGUACUUCCAACACGUAUGAUGAACAUAUCUUACAACCAGUAUUGGUAAGUACUAGUGCUAUAAGUUUGGCUAGUGAAUGUGUUAAGUCUAUUUUGAGAAUUGAUGAUAUUCAAUUUAGUAGAUAGGAUAAUAAUAUACAUAAUAUACAUCUAUACCAAUUUGACCGAUCUUGAUAAUCCCUUUUUAAUACCAGUCUUUUCUCCUUCAUAAGGACCUUUAUUAGAAUCGUAAACUUGUCUAACGGAUUUAAGUUUCUUUUGUGCCUUUUCGUAUUGCUUUCUCUUUUUAACUCUGGAAUUUCUGUAUUCCUUCUUUCUAUGUGGAGUAAGACCCUUAUUCUUAAGAAUUUGAUAAUUAAUCGCACGCUUACCGUCAUUACCGACUUCUUCUUGUAAUUCUGCCAACUUACCUUCUUUAGCAGCCUUGACUGCAGCCUCAUGAGCUGAUUUACGUGAUUCCUUCUUGCUAAUUUUGCUUUGUUUGAUAGAAUCAUAGUAAUCAUCCUCUUCACCUUGAGCAAAAUCAUCACCGGAUUCUCCUCCAGAUUCGCCAACAUCUUCUGAUUGUGCCAAUCCUCUCUUUCUUGCUUCUUCAACUAAACGUUGUUGUCUUUCAAAUAAACGUUCCUUAUAAGGAAUAUCCAUAUCUCCAGAAAAGGUUUUGUUUUGUUUAGCAACAGCUUGGUCAAUCUUGGAAGUAUAGAAACGUAAUGUCUUUUUACGACGUUUUUUAUCUUCCAAGUCGACAUCUUCAAUUUCAGCAGAUUCUGCAAAGUCGUCUGCGUUAUGUCUGGAUGCGUGUUUAAUAUUUCUUUGUUUGGUAACGUCAAUUGCCAAUCCGUUUUCUUCGACUUCUUCUUCGGCUUCUUCUUCGGCUUCCUCUUCGUCUUCAAUUUCUUCAUCUUCAUCACUGUAGUUUUCCUUAGCAUCAACAAAUUGUUCUUCAUCGUCACUUGAGAAUGAAUUGUCAGCAUGUGCAGUUUCCUUGACUUCUUCAGGUAGCUCAUUUGCUUGUCUCCACACUUCUCUGGAACUCAAUAUAGAUUCCAUAAUAGGUUCAUCCUUCAUCGAGGUAAAUUGGUCACCAGUUUUCAAAUUAUCUACAAAUAUAGCAAAGUAUGAUGUUAUAGCACCCAAAUAUGCCGAUAAAGCCACUACUUUGACUUCAAUCAAUGGAUUUUGUUCUCUUGAUAAGAACGAUUCCAACUUUGGUUUAAGCUGGUUUAAUUCUUUCAACAAAGGAGUGAACUCUGGGAAUGAAUGUUUAAGUAAAUUUUGUUGCUCCGAUGCAUCCAUCUUGUCUAUGGAAGUAUCAGUAGCAAUAUGUAAACGAGUGGUAUCUUUUUCUUCAUAUGCUUCAGCAGUCUUUUGCCAAUCUUGCAUCAUAUCUUCAUCAAUAUAAUCAUCCAUGGCCAACUCAUUCAAAUGUUUCUUUUGCUGUCUCAAGGCUUCUUCAGUCAUUUGCUUCAUGUCUUCAUCAUCACUGACUUCAUCACCACCAUAGUAACUCUUUUUCCCACCCCAGCCUUUCUCUUCGUCUGCUUCUUCUUCACCUUCUUCAAGUUCGUUGUCAUCAUCAUCAUCUUCCAUUCCUUCUUCAUCAUCUUGUUCUUCUUCAUCGCUAUCACUAUCUUCUUCUUCUACAGCCAUCACUUCUUCUUCUGAGGAUUCAUCAGAAUACUGCUGGUUUGCAUAUUCUCCAGCUUGAUCUAAGAAGAUCUUUUCUCUAUUGGCGUUGAAAGCAUCAACUUCGUCCAAGUCAACGUCUUCUUCUAUUCUUUGUCUGGCCAUU